AUGCUUCAUCCAAACACACUCUUAGAGCUUCCACAAAUGUUUCCAGAAACAGUACUUGUCCAAAGAAGAAGAACUGGGGUUAUUCUUGCAUCGCAUCCCUCCUUGCACGUGAUAAGCAUAUGUAACAGAAUACACUCCAUCCAAUUCGUGGUGCCAAAUAAGUCUCCAAAAUUGCUUUCCCAGAAGACUGAUAUUGAAAUCACAAAUGCCUCUAAAGCCAAUUCCUCCAUCUCUUUUAGACUCUCGCGAAAAGCGCUAGCUAGUGAUGUAAUACUAAAUACUUUACAAGACAGAAGAGCAAUGGAAUACACUAUUAUAGUGGCUGAAACAACAAAUUCCCCAGCUACAUUACAAUACCUCGCGCCUUAUACAGGAGCAGCUCUGGCUGAAUAUUUUAUGUGUCGUGAACGUCACACUUUAAUCAUUUAUGAUGAUCCCUCCAAACAAACACAGGCUUAUCGCCAAAUGUCUCUUCUAUUACGAAGACCACCAGGUCGCGAAGCUUAUCCCGGAGAUGUUUUUUAUUUACAUUCACGUCUUUUGGAAAGAGCCGCUAAAUUAAUUUCUCAGUUAGGUGAAGGAAGUAUGACUGCUUUACCAAUAGUUGAGACCCAAUCAGGAGAUGUUUCAGCUUAUAUUCCUACUAAUGUAAUUUCCAUUACAGAUGGCCGAAUAUUCUUAUCUGCUGAUUUAUUCAAUGCUGGGAUCAGACCUGCAAUUAAUGUGGGUAUUUCCGUUUCCAGAGUUGGAUCGGCGGCUCAAAUAAAAGCCAUGAAAAAAGUAGCUGGCAAAUUAAAAUUGGAAUUGGCACAAUUCGCGGAAUUAGAAGCUUUUGCACAAUUCUCUUCAGAUCUCGAUAAAGCUACGCAAAAUCAAUUGGCAAGAGGUCGACGAUUGCGCGAGUUGCUUAAACAAUCCCAAUCAGCUCCUCUUACUGUGGAAGAACAGAUAAUAACUAUUUAUACUGGAACGAAUGGUUAUCUUGAUUCAUUAGAAAUUGAACACACAAGCAAAUUUAUCGUUGAGUUACAGGAUUAUUUAAAAACGAAUAAACCUAAAUUCAACGAAAUCAUAUAUUCUACCAAGACAUUCACUGGGGAAGCAGAAGCCAUUUUGAAGGAAGCUAUUCAGGAACAGAUGGAACUCUUUUUACUUCAGGAACAAGUAGAAAAAAAUUGAUUCCAAUUUUCAUGCAUUUAUAAUUUCUAUAAUUACUCUCUUGAAAUAUUAACAAAAGAAUAAUAAAGAUAAGAAAUUCACAAUAUAUUUUUAGAAAUAUACGAAUUCAAUCAAUAUAU